GAUAGAAUUUUUAUAAUGUUAAAAUAAUGAAAGAUUUGACAUAAUAGCCUAGGAAAAAUCAAUAUAUAUUUAAAUUAAUUAUUAGAAACUGUGUCGAAAUAAAUAUGGAAAUGUGGAAUCUUAGGAAUUGUUUUAUGUUAUGUAUCAUCUUUUCUUUUAUGAAUAUGAAAAGAUCAGAACCGUCGUUUGAUAAACAACGAAUCAAAAUUCAGUUUGCUUUUUCAAAUAAUGAUUCGAUUUACCAAGGAUAUGAAAAGUUAAAAGAAAAACCAGAAAAAUUAAUGAUGAAUUUUCAAGCGUUUAAUAUUAAUUUCCACAUUAAAGCAGAAAGAAUGAGAACGAUUCAUGAUGAUGCUACAAUUGAAAUUUAUGACUAUAAAACAAUCAACAUCACGAAAUUAUCAGAGUUCGAAGCGAAUCUUUUCAGUGGAUUUCUUGUUGGAGUUAAAAACUCAAAAGUGUUUGGUGUUUUAAACAAUUAUAAUUUUAAAGGAAUGAUAUUCGCUACUAAUGCGUAUUACGGUUUGAGUCCAGAUUACGAUGGUCUUCAUACGAUCGUAUCUAGAAUAAGUAUUCAAGAUGAAUACAAUGUAUUAAAUCACAAUAAACUGGCACAACAAGCAAUAAUGGAAAACAGCAAAAUUUGUACAAUGACAUUGAUAGCUACACCUUCAUUGUUCAGAGAAUAUAACGGUAAUGAAGCUGAUUUAAUUAACUGGUUGGUUUUUAUAAUUGAGAUGUUGAAUUAUGGAGUAGAUUUUAUAAAAGGAUUUUUUCCUAUUACUAGAAAUCAUAGACAAAUUAUGCUAGAUUUUAGGUUUCAACUUAAAGAAAUAAAAAUAUUUAAAAAUGAAAAUUCGGUGGGUUAUUCUAUUCAAAAUGAAUCGAAUGCAAAAGCAUUUUUGAAGGAUGCUUCAAAUUACAAAAAUAAUGUUUGUUGGGUGCAUUUUAUAAGCGGAGUAGCUUUACAAGGAACACAUCAAGGAAUAUCAUAUUUUGGUGUUCACUCAGAUGAAGGUAUAUGUAUGAAUUCUGAAAGGCAAGAUGUACCCAAAAACAUUGGAAUUACAUCCACGUGGAUUGGUCCUUAUCGUCUGUCUACUGCUCAUUUUAUGUUUUAUUUUUCAAGAGAACUCUACAGAGGUUUUGGUGUGCCAUAUCAUUUUGAUUUCAUAGAAGAUUGCAAAACUUCUGUUCGUUUUCAAUCUCCAGUUCUAAUGCGAUUACGGGAAUUUAAGUAUAUUCGGAAGCAAGUACUAGAAUACAAACUGGAUUGCUUUUGGGACUCUAUUUCUGGAGGCUUGCAUCGAAAAGGUAAAUUGUGUUUUAUAAACAAGACGAUUUCUCCUUCGUGUGGAAAUGGAAUUUUGGAGCAGAAUGAAGACUGUGAUUGUGGAACAAAAGAGGAGUGCGAAUUAAAUGACCCUAAUUGUGCACCUCCCGGAGAUACGGACGACAGACCUUGUACUAUUCGAAGAAGCAAAGGCAAAUUAUGCAGUCCUCAAGCAUCUCCUUGCUGCACAGAUGAUGGAAAAAUUGUUCCACGUUCGGAAAGAAAACUUUGCAGUUACACAAUCGAAGAUUGCAGAAAAGCAUUAAUCUGUAACGGACUAACUGACGAAUGUGGGGAGGCUAGUGAUGAAGAAGACGGGAAUGGUUGCGCUUAUCACACUCGUGUUUGUUUAGAAGGAUCUUGCCUGAAUUCUAUAUGUGUUUACAAUAAGUUAGCAGACUGUUUAUGCAAGGAAGAGAAAUACGCUUGUCAUGUAUGUUGUGAGAAACGUAAGAAAUGUAAACCAAUUUCUUUCUUUUCGAAUAUUACUUUACCACGAAAGUAUGAAAUUAAAAGAAUUUGGUUCGAAGCUUGUCUUUCAAAUAAAGGAUUUUGCAAUAAUGUAGGAAAUUGCGAAAUGAUUUUUUACGACAGAUAUUUUCCUGUUAAAUCUAAUGCAGAAAUUCUUUUUGUUUUAUUCUGCCUGGUAUUAAUAAUUACUUGCAUUAUAACAGCAAUCUUUUGGACAUUUUUCAAUAGAAAAUAUUUUAUAAAUCAAUUUUAUCGUGAAUGUAGAACGAAAGAAACUGAAUUUAACGAUCAAUUGUUUAUAAAAAAACAAUUCAAGAAUGCGUUUUUUCGCUUGACUACUCUCUUUCCUACGGUUUCUCCUCAAAUUAUAUUGGAAUUAAUAAGACAUCUCGACGAAGAAUAUUAUGUAGUAAUCACUCUUAUUAAUAACUCAGUUCCUAUAAAAACUAAAUUUAUUCAAAAAUUUGAAAAUAUGGCAUUAACUAAUUAUUCUUUGGUGGAUGAUGUUCCUAUAUUAAAUCUAUUUUCGGAUAUAGAAGACGAUCGUUUAAAUAAAUGUCUUAGUUUUAAGUUGUUAAUAGCAAAAGAAGCGAAGAAACGAUCUAGACAUUCAAAUAAAUUAAAAAGCAGGGUUAGCAAUAAAUUACGAAAAAAACAUGCUUCCAAAAAAAAGAAAAAACCUUCGAUUAUAUCAAGUAAAAACAAGACAAUGAGAGAAAGUUCAUCAAAAUUAAAAUCAUCGUUUGAGUUCAGCGAACAAAUUACAGGGAAAAGGAAAGAAGGGAACGAAUAAUCUAUAUGUUAGACAUUAUAAAAUGAAUUAUUUACUUAAAAAACUUUUUGUCGCAAUUAAGUAUGGCAUUCUCGACA